AUGGGAACCAAUCAACCUUCUUCACCAUUAUCAUACAAAUCUGAAUCAACAACAUCAUCAAUACAAUUGCGAACACUAACUUCAAUACCAACUGGUUAUAAUGCAAGGAUAGAAGAAGAGCAUCAUUCAAGCGAAGGAAAAUCAUUUUCAACAUGGCCAAAAUUAAACUAUAAUAUUGAUAUAAAUAAUAUUAAUGACAAUGGCAAUAACGAUUCAGAUAAAUAUUCAUUCGAUUCAUCAUCAUCCUCACAAGAUCAAAAGAUAAAGUCAUCUUCAAAUCAAUUAAAAAGAAGCAAUACUAUUGGAACAUUAAUAAAUAUGAAGAAAAACACAUUAUCACACAAAAAAUCUUUAUCUCAUCACAUUAAUUCUUCAUUAUCAAGGCGUAGUGAUAGUAUACAUCAAGCUGCUCAGAGAUUUAGUACAAUGAUUUUAGGGACUAACAUGGAUGAAGAGAAUCGUCUGAUAGUUAUAGAUCCAGAUUCAAAAAAUCCUUUAAUUGAUCCAAGGACAAAAAAACCCUUUAUAACAAAUUUCAUUACAACUUCUCGUUAUAAUAUUUGCACUUUUCUGCCAAAACAACUUUAUGCUCAAUUCUCAAAAGUUGCUAAUAUUUAUUUUUUAUUUGUUGCUAUCCUACAAACAAUUCCUAAUUAUUCUCCAACCGGUCAAUUCACCACCAUAAUACCUUUAUCUGUUUUCAUCAUAAUUGCCAUGGCACAUGAAGGUUUUGAUGAUUAUCGUAGGCAUAAACAUGAUAACGUUGAAAAUAAUAAAGAGGAAUCUAAAUGGAAAAAUUUAAAAGUUGGUGAUUUUGUUUCUGUUAAAGCUCAAGAAUGGAUACCUGCUGAUAUAUUAUUAUUACAUUCUAAAGGUGAAAAUGGUAUUUGUUAUGUUGAGACUUCUGCAUUGGAUGGAGAAACUAAUUUAAAACAACGUCAAGCAUUAAAAGCUACUAAUUCUUUAUUAUCUUCUCCUGAAUCUUUGGCUAAUUUUAAAGCAAAGGUUAAAACUGAAAACCCAAACCAAGAUUUAUAUAAUUUUGAUGGUUCAAUUGAAUUACCUGAUGGUAGCACUCACCCAUUAACAAAUAAUCAAAUAUUAUUGCGUGGCACCAUUCUACGCAAUACCCCUGAAAUUUAUGGCGUUAUAAUAUUUACUGGAGAAGAAACAAAAUUACGCAUGAAUGCUUCAAAAAAUAUUCGUACAAAAGCUCCAACUUGUACAAUUUCAUCUGUUCUAUGGGAUAAUGGUAUUGGAGGAAAUCUUUGGUACAUGGGUGAAACUCCUAAACAAAUUCAAGUUAUAUUAUUUGGUUUCAUAAUAUUAUAUAAUACAAUGAUUCCAAUUUCUUUAUAUGUUACAAUGGAAGUUACAAAAUUAGUUCAAGCUUAUUUAAUAAAUAAUGAUUUGGCAAUGUAUCAUGAAGAAAAUAUAAGGAAAAUUGAAGAAGAAGAAAUCUUAAAAAUGGCGAUGAAAAAAAAAUUUUCAAUUCGUAAUCAAAAGUCAAAAAAAAGAAUUUCUUUAGCUUCUAUUACUAGGCAUUUUAGAAAACAACAAGACCAACAAUCAAAUGAUUUUAUUGAUGCCAAUAAUAAUGAAAAUGGUGAGAUGGCACUUGAUGAUUUUGGAUCUGAUUGUAAUAGUAGUAAUAUUUCUUUACAAAGAACAGAUUCAAUGGCAGUAAUUAGUAAUAGUGUUAAACAUAAAAACUCUUUAAAACGUCAUGAUUCAAGACAUAGUGAAACCUUUUCAAUGAUUGCACCAGCAGUAACUGAACCAUCACCAUUUAAUGGUGAUGGUAACAAUAAUAAUACAGACAUGGAAAAUUCUUUUGAUGAAAAUAUAAGAUCAACAUUGGGCUUGUUAGCCAUUUUACAACAUCAACCAAACACAGCUUUUGGUAAAAAGGCAAAAUUUUUUUUAUUAGCAAUAGCACUAUGCCAUACUUGUGUUCCUGAAAUAGAUGAAGAAACAAAAGAUGUGUUCUAUCAAGCCUCAUCACCUGAUGAAUUUGCUUUAGUCACCGCUGCAAAAGAAUUAGGUUAUGUAGUGAUAGACCGUACAAUGUCAUCAGUUUCAUUAAGGAUAAACCAUGGUGACCCAAAUGAUACAAAUAUCUACAACAUCAACGCAAAUAUAAUAACAAUGACACCAACUUCAAUACACUCCAUGAACAAUUUUGCAACUUCUUCUGUUCCAGUCAUUCCAGAAGAUUCACCAAUUUCUAUAAACCAUCAUGACCAUCGUGAAGGAUCAUAUUGUUUUAAAACAACAGAUUCAGACUAUUCCAUUAUGGAUUCAUUUCCAAUACAAGAUGAAACCUGGCUGCAUAGUCAAACAAUGUAUCAUAUACAAGAUUUUGCUACUGAAGGUUUAAGGACUCUACUUUAUGCAUUAUUUCAAUAUUACGUUGGAUUUUCAGGAACAUCACUUUACGAAUCAUGGACUUUGUCAUUUUACAAUACAUUGUUUUCAUCAUUACCUGUGUUAGUUAUUGGUAUUUUUGAAAAAGAUUUGAAUCAAGAGACAUUAUUGGGAUUUCCCCAAUUGUACACAAUUGGUCAACGUAAUGGUGCCUUUAAUCUUAAAUUGUUUUUUUCUUGGAUGUGUGGAGCUAUUUACAAUGCAUUCGUAAUAGUUUUGAUACCAUUCUUUUUACAUGGUCGUGAUGUAAGAGGGACUGGUUCACCUCAAUUAUAUGAAUUAGGUUUAAUAGUGUAUACAUGUGUGGUGUUCGUUGUGACCAUUAAGAUAGCAUAUUUAGAAUGUCAUAAUUGGACAAUAAUCACACACAUCACUUCAUUUAUAACGAUAUUUGGUUGGUUUUUAUAUCAGACAGUCUAUAGUUACAUUUAUCCCAAUAAUUUUCAUAGUACACCUUAUGAGGUUAAUGGAGUUUUUCGAAAAGUUAGUGUAAGAACUGAAUUUUGGACCACUGUAUCUUUAAUUAUUUUUUUUGCCAUUGUACCAAUUAUGGUUGUAAAAGUUUUUAAAUCCAUCAUACUGCCAACUGAUGUUGAUAUUUAUCAGGAAAUUGAAAAAGAUAAAAGAUUAUUGGAAGAAUUGAUGAAUGAAAAUGAAUCUAGUGAUGAUAAUAAUAAUGUUGGGGAAAUGGUUAAUGAUAAUAGUCAAAAAAAAACAAAAGACAUUUAA